GAACGCAGCACCGCACGGACGCCUGUGACGUAGCACGCAGCGUCUGUGUUUGGUUGUGGUCGAAGCUCGAUAAGGAUCAAGGAAAUCUCUAGCAUCGUUAGAUAAACACCCUGAAAAGGUGUUACACGGCCAUCACGCAACCGUCACAAUAGCAUUAGAGUCCUAAAGGCCUCCUUUCCACAGUGAGGGUCGACAUGUCUGAGACAUACGAUUUCCUGUUCAAGUUUCUGGUGAUCGGCAGUGCUGGGACGGGAAAAUCCUGCCUUCUCCACCAGUUCAUUGAGAACAAAUUCAAGCAGGACUCCAACCACACCAUCGGUGUAGAGUUUGGUUCCAGGGUCGUCAACGUUGGUGGGAAAACGGUCAAACUGCAGAUCUGGGAUACUGCUGGACAAGAGCGAUUUCGCUCAGUGACACGCAGCUACUACAGAGGAGCAGCUGGAGCCCUUCUCGUCUACGAUAUUACAAGCCGAGAGACAUAUAACGCCUUGUCCAACUGGCUGACUGAUGCACGGACGCUCGCUAGCCCCAACAUCGUCAUCAUUCUGUGUGGCAACAAGAAAGACCUGGACGCAGACAGAGAGGUGACCUUCCUGGAAGCCUCACGCUUCGCUCAGGAAAAUGAACUGAUGUUUCUAGAAACAAGUGCACUGACAGGGGAAAACGUGGAGGAGGGUUUCCUGAAGUGUGCCCGCACUAUCCUCAACAAGAUAGACUCAGGAGAGCUGGACCCGGAGAGGAUGGGUUCAGGUAUUCAGUAUGGAGAUGCGUCUCUAAGGCAGCUGCGACAGCCCAGAGGCACAACAACACAGAACAAGCAGCAGUGUAACUGCUAGGGGUCAGGCCACGCCUUAACCUGAGCCCGCAGGCCCACGUGGACAGGACGCCCCCUACAGUCCUUCAGUUCAGCUCCAGGUGUUUUUGGUGUGUGUGACCAUUCACCCUAUAGUCUCACUCACCUUACAUCACCUUGACGAGUGAGGUCACGGAGACCCCUACAGCCCCCGCUAAGCCUCCUUACCUGAGGGUGCCAUCUUAGCCCUGCAUCUAGGAUGAAGCAUCCCCGUUUAGUGUGAGCGUGAUGGGACCAUAAGGAAGCGAUGUCCCCAUCACUUGCUUACCAGACAAGGACGAGUCAAUGGUGGUUCAUCUGGGCUGCUGUUGUUCAACUUUGUGAUUUCUUUUUUUGUUUCUUUGUUUUUAUUCUGGUUUUAGAAACCUUGCUUUUUGCAUUUGCACAUUUCUCUCUGUAAUUUCCUACUGUCACUGGUUAAAGCACUCUUGUUAUUUAGCAUCUCCUGACAUGAUUGAUGAUAAGCCCAAAACUAAAUGUGAUUGUGAUAAAGUUUGUAUUUUAAAACAUAUAUACUUGAAGAAAUUUAAAAUAUAUAGAAUCUACUACACAUUUUAUCCUUUUCAAAGUUUUCUUGAACAUUGAACCUGCUAACUAUUGAAUGUAAGGUGAGCGUCAGCUGUAAAAGUAUAGGAGGAAUAUAUAUAUAUAUAUAUAUAAUUAAAAUUUGGGCCAUCCAGAGUUUUAAAAUUUGUGAAUUUAUAGUGUAGUAUUCCUAAAAUUAUUCCAGCUUUUCAAUGGAUUUUGUUUACUCACUCCACUGUGUAGCUAAAGAAGCACAAAAAUAAUAUUUUUAUUCCAUUCAAGAUCCCAAAGUCUGUAAAUUUAACUUAUUUAUAUUUAAAAACUGUUUCAAUCUGUUUUUUCUUUUGGCUGUUGCUGUUGAACUUUUUUUUUCUUCAAUCUCCCCUUGUGACUAAUGUUGUAAACACAUGCAGCACAAGGGAUGGUCGUUUGUUUUUGUAGUUCAGCCUCCAUAAAGGUCGGAUGUUGCCCAAACAUCGCUGAUAGGAAGCCAUGCACAGGAAGUGAUGACUCGUUCUAUCUCUUGAGUCAUCGUCACACUUCAGGUUUGUUUUUUUUAAACAGGCCUUGAGGAAAAUAGCUUAAAAAAAUGAUUUCAUGUCAUGAUGACCCAGUGAAGCGUCGUGCGUGAACAUCAGCAUGUGAAAAGUGAGUGAGCACACUGGAGGGUGAAUGGAACAAUCUAAUGUAGUCAAUUAGCAGGUGUUGCUGUCAAAGAAAAUUUGGGUUUCUCUCCUCUGAAAGUGCACUUUUAUUUUCAAAAUGUCUGUUUUGUUUAUAUACUGUAUCUAAAGAAUUGUACAUUUUAUUUUAAAGAGUAUAAGUAAUAAAGAUUUUAAUUGUAGAGGGUUUUUUUUAUUCUUACAGUUGAAAUGUUUGGGGUAAUUUAGUGUAGACUGAGUUGUGGGGAGUGGCAGCAGCUACUCUCAUCACUUCUAUUCCUUUACAUGAACUUCAGGUCAUCGGUUGAGUAUGGAAGGAGGUCUGUGGACUAAAGCCGCCAUGUUUUCAUAAUUUAUUUUGACUCGUUCCAGCCUGGAUGAAUCUGACUCAGUCGCUCAGUAAAUGAUGUGAUGUAAUAAACUCAAAUGCUACUGUACACCUCAGAUACUUCGUCCUGUAAAUAAGAUUUGUCUAUUUAGGAGUGUUGCUGACUGUAAUGAUUAUGCAAUUCCCAGUAAAGUGCUUGUUUUUCAGUUCA